CGGCUUUGUCCCUCGGUUCUCUCAGGAAAGUUUGCGGGCUGGGCGGGGCAUCCAUGGCCGCUGUCCGCGGUCGUCCCGGCGUGGCUCCGCGUAGGGCCGCGCGGCGGGGAGCUCCGAGCAUCCGCUUUGAAGUGAACUGUUGCCAUGUUUGAAUUACGUCAGGCGAGCGGCCGCAGGGACGGGAGGCGCGGCCUGUGGGCGGCGGGGGCCCAGAGCCGGCGCAGCUAUUGCCUGGAAGAAAAGAUGUUUGGUUUUCACAAGCCAAAGAUGUACCGAAGUAUAGAGGGCUGCUGCAUCUGCAGAGCCAAGUCCUCCAGUUCAAGGUUCACAGACAGUAAGCGUUAUGAAAAGGACUUCCAGAGCUGUUUUGGGUUGCACGAGACCCGCUCAGGAGACAUCUGCAAUGCCUGUGUGCUCCUUGUGAAAAGAUGGAAGAAGUUGCCAGCAGGAUCAAAAAAAAACUGGAAUCAUGUGGUAGAUGCAAGGGCAGGACCCAGUCUAAAGACAGCAUUGAAACCAAAGAAAGUGAAAACACUGUCUGGAAACAGGAUGAAAAGCAACCAGAUCAGUAAACUGCAGAAGGAAUUUAAACGCCACAAUUCUGAUGCUCACAGUACCACCUCAAGUGCCUCUCCAGCCCAAUCUCCAUGUUAUAGUAACCAGUCAGAUGAUGGCUCAGACACAGAGGUGGCUUCCAGCUCCAACAGAACUCCAGUCUUUUCCUUUUUAGAUCUUACGUACUGGAAAAGACAGAAGAUAUGCUGUGGGAUCAUCUACAAGGGCCGUUUUGGGGAAGUCCUCAUCGACACACAUCUCUUCAAGCCGUGCUGCAGCAGUAAGAAGGCAGCUGCUGAGAAGCCCGCGGAGCAGGGGCCAGCGCCUCUGCCGAUCUCCACGCAGGAAUGGUGACUGGGGUCAUGUAGAAGGGAGCAAAAAGUGGCUUACAUUUUUAAAAGGCCAUAAAGCAACAAACUGACCCUCCUGUUUUUGACUUGGAUACCUGCUAUUCUGCCAAAAGACAUUUUCUAGAAUAGUUUUUAUGGGUUAUUUUCUUUCCCAGUCCAGCAAACUGAAGCCAGUGUCUAGCU